CAAACUAAAGAGAGAGAAAGAGAGAUUUGUUUUAAUUUGUGUACGAUCUCUUGAAAAUGUCAAAAAAAGUUGGUAUUUUGGCAUGUUUCAUUGUUGUCGCCAUGGAUAUCACAGCAGGAAUACUAUCACUCAAAGCUGAAGCUGCUCAGAACCAGGCAAAGCAUAUGAGGUUGUGGUUAUUUGAGUGUAAAGAUCCAAGCCAUCUAGCCUUCAAACUAGGACUGGCGGCGGUUGUGCUUCUUUCUUUAGCCCAUGUAUUAGCAAACUUGAUCGGAGGUUGGACCGCUUGUGCUAAACAAGACAUCUCUAAAGCAUCUCCGACCAAACAUUGUUCCCUGGCCUGCCUUUUCCUUACUUGGAUUGUACUAGCUUUGGGACUAUACUUAUUAGUGACAGGAAUAAGAGCAAAUAAUAAGUCUUCAGCUUCAUGUGGUUUCUCUCAUCACCAUUUCCUUUCAAUUGGAGGCAUUUGUUGUUUCGUUCAUGGAGUCUUCUCUACUGGUUACUACAUCACUGCAUCAGAAAUCUUGAAAUUUUAGAUUUUAAUAUCUAUUUCUAUUGUUCUAUUUUAUAAAUCUAGAUUUUAAAUAUUUAAUAUGUCAUGGGCGACUAUAGAUGAGAAAACAAGUGUCGCUAAAAUAUACCGGCGUUUAGAAUAACAUUAUGGGAAGUGGAAAGUUGGCGGCGCAUAUAUUAACGCCGGUAGAUUUCUAGGGACGUAAUGUAAAGCCGAAAAUGCUUUGUAAUGCGACAUUUAUUCAGAGUAGUUUGUUUUAUUA